AUGCCGUCUUCGAGACGUGUUCAUGCUAGUUCGCCCGUGGACAAGUAUUUUACUAGCGAUAGUCUGGUGAUAGGAGCCGGAGUGACAAUCUUCCACCUCGCCACCAACCGCAUCGUCAUCUGCAAAGACACACGCUCCUCUGUAUACUUUCUGCCCAAAGGCCGCAAAGACGCUAGCGAAGAGACUACCACCACGGCCAUCAGAGAAGGAUACGAGGAAUCGGGGUAUAGGUGUAGGCUUUUGCCUUUACCUGUUGCUCACUUGCAACCAUCUCCCGCAGGGAAACAGGAGACAUGGGUGAUUGAGCCUAUAGCCACGAGGAUGAUGCCAGUGGCGAGGGAGUAUCAGUAUAUGCUNUUUUGGUAUGCGGCCGAGACGGUGCCGGAAGACAUCGAAGAAGGUUUGAACGCCGUGGCUUCGAGUGGAGAAGGGUUUGUGGUGCCUGAGGUAUUUCCUGAGGGCAUGACAUUGAGAGAGAGGGAAAAGCUGGAUGCAAGAGAAGGUGGAGUGUAUGAGCCGAAACGACAUGAAGGGACUGGAGUCGAUGAAGACGAGGCUUUCUAUGUUGGUCAACUGGUGUCUGUGGAAGAGGCGAUCAGGUUGCUGGGUGGUACUAGUGCUGAUGUUGUUCGAAGGGCUUGGGAAGGCAUUUGCUUGAGGAGGAAGAUGGAGGGGAGAGAGACGUAUGAUGGAUAG